UCGAAUCUUACCGGUAACACGAGUUUUAUUCAGUGCAGUUUGUGAUAAUUUCUAAUACAAUGGGUGAAUCAAUUGAAAACCUUAAAAAGGAAUUCGAGGAUGGUUUGAAUAAACUUUACGUGGAGACAAGUAGUAGGUCUACGCUACUUUUAGAAAGCGACUAUAAAAAACUAAUUUAUGAGGUUAAAGAAGCACAAGAAUUGCGAAGAUUCGGCAAAGGAUUAUCAUCUAAACAAUAUCGAAGGCUCAAUCGAUAUGAAGUAUUAAACAUUGGAGAAAAUGAACAUCUGAUAGCCAAAAGACAGACUAACGAAGAGGAAAUUAAAUUUUUUGUUUAUCGUGAACAAUUAUUUGAUAUUGUGCAUACAGCCCACAUAAAUAUAGGACAUAAAAGUGAAAGAGGAAUGGAGCAUGAGUUAAAGAAAAAAUAUGCGAAUAUAACCCGAGAAAUUAUAAACUUGUACCUUAGUAAAUGCCAGUUUUGUCAGUUGAAGAAAAAAAAUCCAAAGAAAGGCUUGGUUGUCAAGCCUAUAAUUUCUAAAUAUAUGGACUGUAGAUGUCAGGCACAAGUCAAUGAAGAACAAAACGAUGAAGACAAUGAGGAUUCUUCCCAAAUAAUGGCAAAUAAUUCAUCACUUUCAUCAAUAGUACCACCUCAUGAGCCAACGCUCAAAAGAGCCAGGAGCUCCAAAACUACUAACGAACAACAAAUCCCCCAUAUCGCUAUAGCUUGGGGUGAAAAGCUUCUGCAAUUAGAUCCUCAGCAAAGAAAUUUAGCAGAGAAAGCAAUUAAUGAUGUUUUAUUUGAGGCUAGUCAAGGUACAUUACACAGACAUUCUGUGAAAAUUAACGAUGGGUUUUCAUACCCUUCUUCAACGGUUACCUCACCGGUGAGUAGUGUGGACAUCCCUGCUUACGGGCCAUCUCAACAAGACCAAGGAUCACUCAAGUUAGAACCAAUCUGAUUCACUGGCGAACUUUUUUUCAGGUUAUGAGUAAAAAUAUUUCAUUUCUGUAUAAUUAAAAAUAAUUGUGUAGUUUAAAUGUUUCAUAUAUUAAAUCAAAUAAUUAAUUGUUUCAU